AUGAACACGGAACCGUCUUUCGCAAACCAACGCUCCCGUCGCCUCCUGUCCAUGACUAGAUCGGCGAGCAAGAAGCCGUCCCGGUCUGGCCGUCUCGAAGAGCAGCGCGUGGGUUCCUUCUCGCAGCUGCACAGAUAUGAUCCCGAUAUAACUAUGUUCGAGGACAAUCCACUCGCCAACACCUUUCGCAUUACGGACGUUUCGAAGAAAGCUAGCAAAGAGAGCAAACGUCCAGGACUCUUCAAAUGGUUCCGACGUUCCGCCCGAGAUCUUCUCCACUAUCCACCUCAUUCUCUGGCAAACGAAGACACCACCGCUGGUUCUACCAGUGGAUCGCUCCCACAACAAGCGAUGGCACCCGCAUCCGUACUGGCAACUCCAACAGUAAAGCAGGAGAAUAGCCGGGCCCUCCUUCUUUCUACCAUGGAGCUGUCACGAGACGCUCACCAAGUUUUUGGAAGUUUCCGUAAUCAAGCCGCCGAUCAGCAGCAUUCCCCACACGGUCGUGGUGUGGUGUCCAGUAGUAUUCCCACCAACUCUACAAAACCACAAGCAACGGAUCCAGUGUUGGGAUCCAUUCUGAGAGUACCACCGCGUCAGAAAAGCGCAGCUCGCCAUCCCGACGCCCCGCUGACCCGUCCUCGAUCGGGUCGUUUUCGUUCGGGUUUGGCGCGGACGCAAAAAGCCCGCUCGUUCCGAGCACCACAGCCACGUCUCGUUACGCCACCACCACGACGCCCGUCCACUACGCGAUCUCAUUCGCAGCAGAACUUGCAGAAUUCUCGACGUCGCGAACAGAAAGAUAUUUUUGUAAACUUUUCGGAAACCCUUCACGAUGAUGGGGUGCCGUUGAACGUCGAUUUCGGAUGGACCGCCGCGGGGGGUUCGACGUCGGUCCACAGCGCCUCCGUGCACUCGGAAGGGAGUAGCAGUUUGUCGAGCGGCCCCGACAGUAACAGUCGUGCUUCACGGACAUCGUCCCGGGCCUAUUCCUGUCGUAAGCCCGGGCCGCAGAGCACUCUGAUGGAGAUUGCCCCGGGUCUGUUCCUGCCCUUGCGUACAACGGCCGAGACCUUGCAGGCUGUCCAACGUGACACCUUGCUUACACACGAUUGUGUAUCGUGUACGGCUGCCUUGUAUUGCAUGCAACAGGCGGAAGUCAUUGUGUGUCCGUACUGUCGGGUCAUCGAACCGUUACGGCACGGGCAGUCGGGCGGCGCCGUCGGCAUGGGAUUCGGUGCCAGGGACCUGUGGGAAAUGCGGAACGCAAUCGCUGUGAAGGACGACGACGACGACGUGGACGUCAAGUAAGGAUGGGCCGCGAUCGUUGAUCGAGCGAGGUAGUGUAGCAGGUUGACCUCGUUCAAGUUAAUGUAACUGUAAAACCCUUUUCAUGAUCAUGUCAGAUUCACAUCAG